AUGGCACCCUCGGCAGAGAAUCACAGUCGCUCGCAUAGCCUCUUGUUGUUUCAGAAGCUUCUCAAUUUGAGGGACAGCGCAAGUCCUCUGACGUUAGUCCUCGACAGUCUCGAGCAAGGUGCUGCGCCAGUCGUGCGAGAGUUCAUCUCUAGAGCCAAGAUCGCAAAGGCAAAGGUCAUACUGCUCUCCUUCGCAACCCUCAAGCGCCCACGAGAUGUCGACGUCGUCAUCAAGGCCCGUGGCAAGAACCUGAAAUCUCUGAGGGCAGAGAUCUUGUCACAUUAUCCCAAGCCAGACCCUUCCGCAGCCAAAGGCGCACCUCCAUCACAAAAAACCAUCAUAUUGGUCGACUCAGUCAACGACCUCGCUACGGCAGCGCCCCAGAUGGUCCUGACCUUCCUGUCCAGCAUUAUUAUGCCCUCUGUGUCAUUGGUAGCAGUCUAUCACACCGACGUUCCUCUCGUUCUGCCACGUACCGUGAGCGAGUAUGAGCCCCACCCACUGACGGUGCUCUCUCACCUUGCCACAUCGAUCCUUCGUUUGUCCAGCUUAAGGCAGGAGAUUGAGCGCCAGAAGGCGAGGAACAGGAGCAUUCAGGAGCCGGAGUGGGGUCUUCGUGAAGAGAGGGAGGGUGUGUUGAUUGGUCUCAAGGGCGAGACCAAAUCCGAGGAUUACCGCGGUGUCGUGGUGGAGAUGGAGGUUCGAAGACGGAGUGGACGUGCCAUGGCUGAGAAGUUUGUCCUGCUGCCUUUGGCAGGUUCUGCUUCGUCUUCUGCCUCUGGGAAGGGCAGCAAGACGUUUCUCCUUUCGGAGCACCCUGUGUUUGCCACACCCGACAGUGCAGGUGCGAACGGCCGUGCUGAAGAUGAGGAGGAGCCGGAGAGCACAUUCAACCUGGGUCUAACGGAGAAGCAAAGGCGGGAUAGAGAGGGCAUUGUGCUGCCUUACUUUGACGCGCAGACAGAUAUCGGAGCCGGCGAGGGAGGAAGAAUUUUGUACGAGAUGGGCAGGGAGGAUGACUUUGACGACGAGGAGGACGAGAUCUAG